AGUACCUCAAGUAAUGCUCUUUUGCCUAAUUUUUCUAUUCCACAAUCUGGUUUUACUAUUUCUGAGCCAUUUUUGUUAGUCUGAUUAGAAAAUGAGAUCAUAUUCCUAGAUAUUUCAUUAUUAAAGUAAGGUACUUCUUCCAACCACUUAAAACCACAUAUCUCGUUUUUAUUUAAGUUGUUCAUAAAAGGGACAACAAAUCAUUCUUCUGUCCUUUCUCUAGAAAUCAAAUGCAUUUAUUAAGAAAGUAUUUAUUGAGACUCUCCACUGCAUUAUAGAUACUUAUCCGGAAGAGAUGACAUAGAAAAUACAUUGGAAGUAUUAUUUGGUGUUUACAACUCUAAAAUUCUAGCUUAUUCACAGGACACAAUACCUUUGAACUAUAAUAUCUUGAUUUUAUAGUACACAAUCAUUGUGUAUAUAUAUAUUUGUUUAUUUAUUUAUUUAUUUAUUUUUGAGGCUUUGAGGCAGGGUCUUACUCUGGUUGCCCAGGCUGGAGUGCAAUGGCAUGAUCUCGGCUCACUGCAGCCUUGACCUCCCAAGCUUAGGUGAUUCUCACACCUCAGCCUCCCAAGUAGCUGGGACUACAGGAUUGCGCUACCACACCCGGCUAGUUUUUUGUGUUUUUAGUAGAGAUGGGAUUUCGCCAUGUUGCUCAGGCUGGUGUUGAACUCCUGCACUCAAGCAGUCCGCCUGCCUGGGCCUCCCAAUAUGCUGGGAUUGCCACUGUGCCAGGCUUUUCACAUUCUUUCAUAGUUAGUUAUGAAGUUUGGUCACUGCACAUUGUUCAUUUUUUGUUUCAUUUUCUCAAGUUCCGUUUGUUACGAAAAACCUCCUAUUGUAAAUUAUAUACGAACAAAAUUUUAUAUAUGGAAAUGUGGUAGUAUCUUCUUGGGGUGUAAAGCUUUACUGUUUUUUUUGAGAUGGAGUCUCACACUGUUGCCCAGGCUGGAGUGCAGUAGCAUGAUCUCGGCUCACUGCAACCUCUGCCUCCCGGGUUGUAGCUGGGACUACAGGUACCUGCCACCACGCCCGGCUACUUUAAAGCUUUACUCUUAAUUUCUCUGUCUCAUUUUUUUAUCCAUUGUAUGAGGGUAAUCAUAGUACCCUACUUUAUAGGGCUCCUGUGAGGAUUAAAAAGAGAUAAUACUUGAAAAAUGUUGAGAACACUCUCUGAGUCAUAGAAGCACUCUAUCAAUAAAUAGAUCUGAUCCAGCAGUAGCAAAAGGAGUUAAUCCUAUAUUCUGUUUAUCCUAAUUUCUCUGCUUCACUAACCUUUCUGACUGUGUACUCCUUUUUAAAGUUGUGAGUUAGAUUUUUAUAUAGGGAAUUUUUCUGAAUUGCUGAGUAGCUAUAUUAUACUACAUAGUAGAAAUAUGUGUUAUCUGUGAGCUGAUGGAUGAAUUAUGAGCAGUGGUUAUUGGAGUGAGAAAGAACUGCUGAUGCUUCUUUGGCGGGUCAAAAUAAUGGAGAUUAAACGGUAGAAGUUCUGUCAAAUCCAAGCUAUAAGAUGCUUCAAAGGCCAGCUGUGAAAAGGUUAGCAGUUUGGGUGCCAAGAAGCAGUUAACCAUAUUCCAAUUACAAAAAUAGGCAUGAUUCUGGAGUUAUUUUUCACACGGUGGUCAAUUUGACUAGUCUCAUGCCUGACAUAGAUAGUAUUGUGUGGAGCCUUGAUGCCCCUGCAGUAUUGUACAUAUACCUCUCAGCCGUAUUGGGUGGUCUUCAGCACUGGUGGCUUAACAUUGAGAGUUCCCUUAGGGGUUAUUUAGGUUAAUCCUUAUUUGGUAAUAAACUUUCCUUCUAUAACAUCUCUGAUGGGGAUGUUCAUUCAACUUCUGUUUGGAUACUUGGCUAAUAAAAAGUCCCUGGUCCUUAAGGCAUCCCAUUUUAUUGUAGGACUUCUUUCUAACUAUAGCUAUUUGUUAUGUAAGUAUUAUCCUCAAAAUACAAACAGUGACUCCCAAAUCUGUGCUUUUAACUCCAUAUGCUAGUUUCUAUAUUCAAUACAGUCUUCAUUCAUGUAACUUCAUCCUUUUUAUAAUAUUGUCUGUUGAGGCAAGAAAAUAAUUUCACAAAGGUUAUUAUAGUUAUUGGAAGAGACUUAGCUCUCUCUCAUAGCCUUAUUAAAUCAUCUGUUAGGCUAAUUACUCCCUCCUCUCUUCUUCUGGUGCAUGUGCGUGUGUUUGUGUGUUUAAAACUUUAGGGAUUUUAGGGAUUAUGAUAAACUGGAAAUUGUAAUAUAAGCAUAAAAUAAGAACCAUCAAAAUGGAAGGGAUUUGCACGAAAGAGAAAUUCUAAUAUAGCUCAGAUCUGAACUAUAAUCUGCUGAGUGAGAUUAGUCUAUCUCAGCACAACCCAGAAGGUGGUGGAUAGGGUCAGAAGAGAGAUUAGUGUUCCAAAGGUUUCAUGUGGAGCCAGGGGAAAGAGGAGAUAUUUUGAAUUCCAGUCCAUCUCUGCUAGCUUUUUCUAAGUUGAAACGGCCCUUCUGUUUAAUAGUUCUGCUUUCUGUGCUUUGCAGUGUAAAACUGUGCCAAUAUACAUCAAAGAAAUUUAUCAUCAUAUACCCGCAAUGAGGAUGGUACCUAAAAUUGUCCAUGGAAAUAAAAUAUGCUUCUCAAAAUGACUGUGUAACAGGAACAGAGAUCAAGAAGUUAAAAAUGUUCUUCUAAAGUCAUGCUGGGGGGUGAUUAAUAAUGUUCCUUGAAAGUGUCCUAGUGUCAGUACAUCCUUAGGAAGUAUCAGUUCGCUUUUAAAGCCCCAUAGUCACAGGCAUAGUUGAAAUUUUAUGCUUCUCAUGCAUAAAGUGCAUAAAGUUUAUUUUUUAUUCUCAUAAAUAGAUUUGCAGUUAAAAAUUUCUUAGUUGAUUUUCUUGUUGACAAUUGAGCAAAUAGAGAUAUUCAUAGUUUUGCCAUGUUAUGGGAGCACAAUAUUUGUUUCUGUUUUUAUUUUAAAGCAUACAUUAAAAACUUAGAAAUGGUGACAUAUCUUGGCAGUAAUGCUCAUGGACAAAUUUUACACGGAUAUCAUAGCUACUGUCAUGAUAUUUUCAUUUAGAAAUUAUUUCAGACUUAGAAAAACACUGCAAGAACAAUAAAGAACACUCAUAUGACCUUUACCCAGAAUCACCUGUUGUUAACUUUUGUCCCAGUUUGUUGCGUGAUACACAUUUUCUGUCAGAUAACUAGAUAGAUGUUUUAUAUUCUGAACCAUUUCUGUGUAAGUUGUAUUUGUCAUGGUCUCUUACUCCUCAGUACUUACAGUCUAGGACCAAUUAUUGUUUUAGUUCUUGUGUUUUUGUAGCCUCUUUUACUCUGUCAUGUCAUUUCCUCAGUCUUUUCUUUUUCUCUUAUAACAUUUUUAAAGAAUCCACUCCUUAUAAUCUCUCUCCAUCUUUCCAAUUGCCUCUCUGUUUUUGUCUCCCAUCCAUCCUCUCCCCACCUCUCCCAGCAGAAUAGAGUGUUCCUCAUUUGUGGUUUGAUAUUUCCUUAUGGUUAGAUUUAUGUAUGCAUCUCUCGUUAGAAUAUUGCAUAAGUGAUGCGUCCCUCUUGGAAUAUCACAGGCAAAAUCACGUGGUGCUCAUCUGUUUCUCACUGAUGAUGUUAAUGCUGGUCAAGGUGUUAUCUGAUUUCUCCACUGUGUAUAGUUACUAUGUUGUUUUUUUGUCUUGCAACUGAUAAGAAGUCUAUAUUGAGAUAUACUGCCCCUCAUUAAAAUGUAUCUCCUACAUUGAGCAAAAGAAUUCUCAAAUUGUUUGCUAAAUUUUUUUUUUCCAAGAACACAAGUCCACUUUAUUUACCUUUCAUUAGUUUAAAUCUUUAAGGGGUUACAGCAUCUAUGUCCAAUGGCCUUAGCAGAAGGAUCGCUUUGGAAUUUGGCAAAAACCAUGCCAAUGUUUCCUUGGGCCCAAGUUACCUUUCUCUAGAAUACUCUGAUUUUGUUUGAUUUGCUGCCAGGAGUCACUUGUUGUUCUUUGCUUUGUGUACGUAAGCACAUUUAUUGCCCAAAUAGAAUUCAGUUUCAUCUCGGGCAUAAACACCUUCAGUUUUAAGAAGAUUUGUGUGCUCCCUUUGGUUCCAGAGACCCUGCUUAUAGCAGCAAAAAUGGCCUUGGAUGACAGCCUUCCAGAAAUACUUGCCUUUUAGAAGUCAUGUUCCAAGCAGGCCUCAACAGGCUUCAUGAUGGCAGAAAGAGCUGGAUUAUUUUUAAUCGCAAAUCCCAUUUCACAUUUUCAUUCUCUUGAUUUUAGGUCCAUCAGUGACUUUUAAGGUCCAUAAAAUCAGUAACUGCUGUUAUUAUAAGCCAUUCUUUGUAUGUAAACCAAUCUUGAUUGGUUUAUAUAUAGAUGGUAUAUAUCUAAAUACAUAUAGGCUGGACACAGUGGCUCACACCUGUAAUCCCAGCACUUUGGGAGGCCAAGGUGGGAGGAUUACUUGAACCUACUAGUUCAAGACCAGCCUGAGCAAAAUGGCAAGACUCUGUCUUUACAAAAAUAAGAAAAAGCAUGGUGGCAUGCACCUGCAGUCGUAGCUACUCAAGAGGCUGAGGGAAGAGGAUCACUUGAGACUGGGAGGUCGAUGCUGUGGUGAGCUGUGCUCACAUUGUUGCACUCCAGCCCAGCCGACAGAGCAAGACUGUGUCUCAAAAGAAUACAUGCAUACGUACAGAUGAUGUAUAUUUAAAAGAGCUAAUGGAACAAUUGCUCUGUUAUUUAUACAUUCUUGUUUUUGUAUGGGGAGAAUCUGAAUGGAAAAGAGAAUAGUUGUGUAUUAAUACCAGAAGCAUGAGAUGAUUUGAAGACAAAGGCAGUGUAAAAGAAUGUUCAGCAACAAGAAUGAGAGGAAAACAGCUCAAUGAGUCAAUUUCCUGGAAAGAAAUAGAAGACUAAUUUAAGAGGUUGAGCGUAGUGUUCAGUAAUAGUUGUAAUGAACAUUAGUAAUCAGAAAAGGAUAAUGAGGAAUCAUUGUUGAUCAGUUGUGUCUAAGAACAGCAACUCCUAAAUGAACAGAAAGACUAAACUUUGUUUUGCUGGAGAUAGGAAUUUUUUUUUAAACCAUUCAACCUGAGAGUUACAGUGUACUAUUUAUAUUUACUUGUUUUAUUGAAGUCAGUUUAGUUUCCUUCAGUUUUUAGAAUGUGAGAAGUGAGAUUUUAUUUUGUCAUUUUUCCUUAAUACAGUUUCCUAAAAAUUUUACCUUUGCAUCCUAAUAAGUGUUCUUGACUGCUUUGGAUAUUUUUGGCGUAGAGAACAAAAUUAAUUCAUACUCUGGUUAUAUUACUUUGUGGGUUUUUUCUCUUUAAUUUUAUUUUUAUUUCAAAGGACCCUUUCUCUGAAUUUUUCCCAAGAAAUUGAAAAAUCCAUGGGACAAGCUUCAUAUCACCUUGUAUAUUAUUGGAAGUACUAAACAAAAUGGACCUGAGAAACCUAGCCCCUACCUCAAAUUCAUAUCAUUUCUGUCACUUGUUUUGUUUUCCAUUUUUAAUGCAUAAAUAGCAAUAACAGUAACCAGCCAUAAUGGAUAGGUGUAAGAAUCAUAAGUCAUUUUGAUAACGAUCUGCUGUCCAGUAUGCAUUGCUGAAUUUUUAGUCAUAGAAAGAUAAUGCUAGGUAUUAUUUCAGCUUUCUAAUAUGGACAUAAUUCAUAUUAUUGUCUAAAGUAAUUGUUGAUGUGAAAUGAAACUGCUUUAAUAUCAAAGGAGAGUUGUAUACAAUUAUAUAACUUGAUAUUUUAGGAAUAUUAGUGUAUUAGUAAUAUUAAUAAAAGUCAGAAUUAGAAAGCUUAAGCAACUAGCUUAAAGUUAGUUAAUGAAAGAAAGUUAAUGACUGAACAAUAUAUAAUAUAAACAAUUUAUAUCCGAUUCUUUAAAUUCUUGAAAAAUGACGUUAAAAAAUUCUCCAUUUUUGUUCUAAAAGAUUCAAACUAAUACAGAUAUAUAUAGGGCAAACCAUCGCCUCUCUUACUCUCCCCAACUUUUCUUGCAAAGAUAACCUAUGUCAGUAAGUUGGUAUGCAGCUUCUUAACAUCUUAUAACCCAACACAACCAAUUAGUGCGUUAUUACUAAUUAGUAGCUUACUACCAAUUAGUACCUUCAUGUAUUAAGUAGUACUCAGUAUUCUUUGCAACCAAAAAUAUUUUGAAAAUUUUAAAAAGAGCACUGGAGGAUAAUAUAACAACAUUUAUGUUCAUUCUAAAUUUUUUCCCCUAUUUUUAUUAAAGGAAUAAAGCAUAAAGUUUAAGUCUUCAGUGCGUAUUUAACACAACAUAAAUAUUUUAUUCAUUAAAAAGUUUACAAAAAAUUGUAUUACUCGAUAUACAUCUUAUUUGAACUAGCCUUUUCCAUUCAGUAGCUAUGUUGUUUGAUAGCUAGAGUCUGUUGAUUGAUAUUUGGGUUCUGAAUAACUAAUGUUUUCAAGUGUCCUUUAAAAACUAUUAUUUUUAUAUUAUAGAAGAUAUUUCGAUGUGUAUAUUAGGAAAACUCUAACUGCAUUCUGAAAAAAUAAGUUCCUGAGAUUUCCGUUCAGCAAUACUUUUGAAACACAGAUAAAAUUACUUCCUGUCUCUUAGCUUCCUGUAUCCAUGGCAACCUCUGUUUUACACAUUGACUGUAAAGGAACCAAUGUGAAGAGUGGUGUUUCCUGAGCAAACGGUGACUUAAAAAAAAAAAAAAAAAAAAAAAAGUGGUGGGGUGGAGGUCAGCAGUGCCACAGAACAAACUGGAGUUAAGAAAUGUCGUUCUUCAGAUUUAAAAAGAAAACCUUUACUGAAUCAGCUGAGUGUUAAUAAUACGAAUUUCCUUUUCUUGCCAAUUCUGAUCUGAACAGAAAAACCAAGAACAGGGAUAUGUGUGGAUUACAGUUUUCUCUGCCUUGCCUACGACUGUUUCUGGUUGUUACCUGUUAUCUUUUAUUAUUACUCCACAAAGAAAUACUUGGAUGUUCGUCUGUUUGUCAGCUCUGCACUGGGAGACAAAUUAACUGCCGUAACUUAGGCCUUUCGAGUAUUCCUAAGAAUUUUCCUGAAAGUACAGUUUUUCUGUCUCUGACUGGGAAUAAUAUAUCUUAUAUAAAUGAAAGUGAAUUAACAGGACUUCAUUCUCUUGUAGCAUUGUAUUUGGAUAAUUCUAACAUUCUGUAUGUAUAUCCAAAAGCCUUUGUUCAAUUGAGGCAUCUAUAUUUUCUAUUUCUAAAUAAUAAUUUCAUCAAACGCUUAGAUCCUGGAAUAUUUAAGGGACUUUUAAAUCUUCGUAAUUUAUAUUUACAGUCUAAUCAGGUAUCUUUUGUUCCAAGAGGAGUAUUUAAUGAUCUAGUUUCAGUUCAGUACUUAAAUCUACAAAGGAAUCGCCUCACUGUCCUUGGGAGUGGUACCUUCGUUGGUAUGGUUGCUCUUCGGAUACUUGAUUUAUCAAACAAUAACAUUUUGAGGAUAUCAGAAUCAGGCUUUCAACAUCUUGAAAACCUUGCUUGUUUGUAUUUAGGAAGUAAUAAUUUAACAAAAGUACCAUCAAAUGCCUUUGAAGUACUUAAAAGUCUUAGAAGACUUUCUUUGUCUCAUAAUCCUAUUGAAGCAAUACAGCCCUUUGCAUUUAAAGGACUUGCCAAUCUGGAAUACCUCCUCCUGAAAAAUUCAAGAAUUAGGAAUGUUACUAGGGAUGGGUUUAGUGGAAUUAAUAAUCUUAAACAUUUGAUCUUAAGUCAUAAUGAUUUAGAGAAUUUAAAUUCUGACACAUUCAGUUUGUUAAAGAAUUUAAUUUACCUUAAGUUAGAUAGAAACAGAAUAAUCAGUAUUGAUAAUGAUACAUUUGAAAAUAUGGGAGCAUCUUUGAAGAUCCUUAAUCUGUCAUUUAAUAAUCUUACAGACUUGCAUCCAAGGGUCCUUAAGCCGUUGUCUUCAUUGAUUCAUCUUCAGGCAAAUUCUAAUCCUUGGGAAUGUAACUGCAAACUUUUGGGCCUUCGAGACUGGCUAGCAUCUUCAGCCAUUACUCUAAACAUCUAUUGUCAGAAUCCCCCAUCCAUGCGUGGCAGAGCAUUACGUUAUAUUAACAUUACAAAUUGUGUUACAUCUUCAAUAAAUGUAUCCAGAGCUUGGGCUGUUGUAAAAUCUCCUCAUAUUCAUCACAAGACUACUGCGCUAAUGAUGGCCUGGCAUAAAGUAACCACAAAUGGCAGUCCUCUGGAAAAUACUGAGACUGAGAACAUUACUUUCUGGGAACGAAUUCCUACUUCACCUGCUGGUAGAUUUUUUCAAGAGAAUGCCUUUGGUAAUCCAUUAGAGACUACAGCAGUGUUACCUGUGCAAAUACAACUUACUACUUCUGUUACCUUGAACUUGGAAAAAAACAGUGCUCUACCGAAUGAUGCUGCUUCAAUGUCAGGGAAAACAUCUCUAAUUUGUACACAAGAAGUUGAGAAGUUGAAUGAGGCUUUUGACAUUUUGCUAGCUUUUUUCAUCUUAGCUUGUGUUUUAAUCAUUUUUUUGAUCUACAAAGUUGUUCAGUUUAAACAAAAACUAAAGGCAUCAGAAAACUCAAGGGAAAAUAGACUUGAAUACUACAGCUUUUAUCAGUCAGCAAGGUAUAAUGUAACUGCCUCGAUUUGUAACACUUCCCCAAAUUCUCUAGAAAGUCCUGGCUUGGAGCAGAUUCGACUUCAUAAACAAAUUGUUCCUGAAAAUGAGGCACAGGUCAUUCUUUUUGAACAUUCUGCUUUAUAACUCAACUAAAUAUUGUCUAUAAGAAACUUCAGUGCCAUGGACAUGAUUUAAACUGAAACCUCCUUAUAUAAUUAUAUACUUUACUUGGAAAUAUAAUGAAUUAUAUGAGGUUAGCAUUAUUAAAAUAUGUUUUUAAUAAUU